GAACCAAAAGAACCUAACUGACCACGGUCACUUGAGCUCAACCGCUGUCCAGCCUCUUCUGUCCCUACACCGAGUCCACCGCUCGCCCCGUGCACCCGUCUCCUUCCCCUUCGCACUCCCCGAACCCCAGAUCCCACUGCUCCCCAGAUGCGAGCCCUAACCCUAGCUCUCAUUCCAUGGCGUGCCUCGCGAUCUCCCUACAGCCGGUGAACGGCCCCGACAUCCUCCUCCAGACGCGCUCUUGGUUCCCCGUCUCCCGCGCCCUCGCCGCCGUCUCCGCCUUCCGCGUCGCGCGCCUCCACCUCGCGCGCGGGAAGCAGACUCCUCAGUCCCCCGCCGCCUUGCUCGACGCCAUCGGCGACGACCCCCUCGCCUCCGCGUCCGGGCAGCUCGUCGUCGGCGUCGAGUCGCAGUACCGCGUCGUGUACCGCCUCGUCAACUCCAUCUACGUGCUCGGCGUCACCACCGCCUCCGACCAUGCCUCCCCCGCCGUCCACGCCUUCGCCGUCGCCGACGCCGUCGGCCAAGCCGUCUCCGUCGUCGUCGCCGCCUGUCGCGGGGUCGACGUCACGCCCGAGAAGGUGCAUCGCAAGUACCCUGAGGUCUACCUCGCCCUCGAUCUCGUCCUCCACGGCGUCGGAUCCGUCCGCCUCUCCCAGAUCCUCGCCACCAUCCAUGGCGAUAACCUCGCGCGCAUGGUCAACUCCUCCCCCGACGCCGAGGCCCGAGCCCGUGGCGCAGAUCCCUGGCCCGCCGUCGAGCACCUCGCGCACGACCGCCACGCCGCGAGGGAGGGCUUCUCCGGCGCCUCGUUCGAGCUCCCCCAGGAGACCCUCGCUGCUGGUGACGAGUUCUCGUCUAACAUUGCCCCCGCGACCACCGUCGCCACUGGGGAUGAGGCUCCACCUGAGGAGGCGCCGCCUGUGGAGAAGGACCCCUUUGCAGCCAGCGACCUGAUUGUUAACAAGCCGGAGGAGGCAUUGGUGGGUGCGUUCAAGAAGAACAACGAAACUGCCCUUGUGGUUGCUGAUCCUGCAGCUGCACUUGCUGGAUUGGAGGUAACGACUUUGCCACCAGCUGAGGCGACUAAGCCGACAUUUAUCGGUGUUGAAGGGUUUGAGGGUGACUAUGGUGGAAUUGAGUUUGGCAACGAGGAAGCUUCACUUGCUGAGGCAUUUGAAGGGAUCAAUGCACCCUUUGGGGGUGGGCUGGAUGCUUCUGAGUUUGUUACCACAACAAAGAAGAAUCAUAAGGACAGGACCAUCACUGGUCUUGAGCUGCUAGCAACAAGUGGGCAGCCACCAAAUGCAGCUGUUGGUACUCCGCUGGAGAAUUUAUUGGUGACCAAGAGAACGGAGAUGACUGCCCCUGAGUUGUACAUUGCGGAGGAGAUCAAUGCAGUAUUCAAGGAGUCCAUUCUAUCACGGGUUGGUUUGAAGGGUACAAUCUUCCUCCGAACCUUGCCACUGAACAAGGCAGCGGGGAAAGAGACAGAGUUCUCGUUCCGGCUUGAGGGUACAUCUGGAAUGAAGAGGGCUGCUUUGCAGAGUAAUGUGUUAAGUAACCUGCAGAACGGGCUGUUCCAUGUCAGGACAACCUCGAAGGAGGAGCCCAUUCCCAUUAUGAAGUACAGCUUCCUGCCCAAGCACUCACCUCUUCCUUUGAGGAUGCGCCUUGUGAAGCGCCAUAUUGGGACAUUGCUCUCAGUGAUGAUACAGUACGCGUCGAAUCCAAUGUUGCCACAGCCAUUGAGCAAUGUGAUGUUCACUGUUAAGCUUCCUGUGGAUCCGACUCUGCUCAAUGUUUCACCCAAGGCUGUGCUUAACCGGGCAGAGAGGGAGCUUAGAUGGCACAUUCCAGACAUUCCCCUGAAAGGUCCAGCUGGAAGGCUCAGGGCACGGAUGCCUGUUGACCAGGACUCCAAGGAUGGUGAGCUAGAGGUUGUUGGGAUGGUGAAAUUUGCUUACCAAGGGCCAUUCACAUUGUCUGGCAUCAAACUAUGCCCAGCCACUGAUGGCAUUGCCCAGUUUAAUGAGGUCGGCCAUACCUUCUCAUGUGGGAGUUACCUGUGCAUCUGAUUGUAUGUGGAUACUUUCCCAUCUCCGCUUUACAUUUGCGCAACUCUGAAUAGAUGGAGCAUUGAAGCACAUUCCUUUCCGGAUUGUGAGCCUUGUGUUGUUGGAGAGCUUGGUAGCAGAUUCGCGAGCAGGUGAGCCUGACCGUGCAGUUACAAAAACUCACCUAUUUGGUGAGGACGACUUCACCGGCCUAUGGUUCAAGCUUUUUGUGCAAUGAUGAAA